UGUGUGUGUGGGAAUUGAGCGCAGUUGACGCGGAACAAAACAAACGAGCGGAUGAGCAAAAUGCGCUGGCAAUGGCAGCUGCCAAUGCUCUGCUUAUUAAUCAUCAAACCGCGUAGUUUGAGCAGUGAGGAAACCGCGGAAUCGGGUCGCUUCUUCACCGAGAUCUACAAACGCAAUCUCAAGCAAAUUGUGGAGCUGCGCAAUGCAACAAUCGAGCCCUGUGACGAUUUCUAUGCUCAUGCCUGCGGCAACUUUGGCCACUUGGCAGCAGCUGAGGAGCCUGAGGAUGCGCUGCCUCCGCUGCUGUACAACAAACAGGAUCGCAUGGAGUUCUUUAUGGCGCAGCAUGUGAACUUCAAAACGUUGCCUGGGAAGGCGCUCUCCCAGCUCUACACGCAGUGCAAGCAGCGAAGAGAGCAGCACGUCUUUCGUCCUGCGUCACGCAUCUCUCAUUGGCAGCGUAUUGUGCACCAGCUGCCGAUGAUGGCGCCGUAUAAGCAAGCGCUCUCCUUUUGGCCUUUUUUGCCCUAUCAAUGGCAGCAGCUGCGGCUGGACGAGCAGCUCAAUUGGGUGCAACUUUCUGCACAGCUGGCGGCACAUGGUGUGCCCACCUUGUUGCAUAUUUACUUUGCCCAGGAGACUAUCUAUGUGGCAUCCAUAAACAAUCUGCCGUGCCCUAGUUUACAGGGCUUUCGUCGGAGUCUGGCCAGCGUGUUGCACGGAAGUCAUCCGCAAGUGUCGCGCAUUUUGGCACAUGAGAUGCGCGUCCUGUGCCGCGGCAUGCGUGGCGAGCUGCCCACAACAACCACGACGGAGAGCGCUACCGAAUCUGAGGGAGGAGGACAAGAGCAGUUGACGUUGGAUGGGAAUACCAUGGAUUAUUUUCAGCACUUUUUUACGCAGCUCAACUUCACAGAGGAGAUGCUAAGCGAGGCGCGCAAGUUGCCGCUGGAUGUGGCACGCAUUCGGCAGGCGUGGCAAGUUCUGCGCUACACAGAUCCUCGCAUUAUUGUCAACUAUGUGCUGUGGCAGGUGCAGCAAGAACUUCGCUACGAGGAUUGCUACGUGUUGACACAAGAGUUCGAGCGUCUGUUGCACGUUGAGUACUGGCAGUGGCACGUGUUUCGCUCGCAGCUCAAUCGAAAUGUGGCAUUCGCCAUGUAUCAACUGCACACCACACGCUUCCAGCAGCUGCGUCGCUCCAAGCUGAGUCGUCGCGAUUGGUAUGGUUACAUGCUGCCGCAGGAGGUGGAACGGAAGGAGUUGCAGGUGGCAAGAUUGCUGCAGACGCAUGCGCAGCAUUAUCUCAAUCUCAUCGAACACGAGUUGCACUAUGGUGCAUUGGAGUUACAGCCACGCUCCUUCUACAGCAAUCUGCUGCAGCUGCGGCGAGCGCAAUUGCGUCACAGCUUUGUGUCGCCCUUUGUGGAUCCCGAGGAUGUGCAGCAGCCGGCCUAUUUCUUGCGGCACUUUCUGCACUUUGUGCAGCUUGUGUUGCAGCGUCCCAUGUAUCACUAUUAUGCCACACAGGGAUUGCAACUGUGGCGUCAAUCGCGUCUGCUGGAGGACACCGAUGGCUACUACACUGCCCUGGACUGUUUGCAACGGCAAACGGAGCAGCACUAUGAUCUCGAGCUGCAAGACAUUUAUCGUCCUCUGGCCUCGCAUGAGGUGGAUGAUGUCUUCAAGUUCUAUCGCUCGUUUCAGGCGGCGUUGCGGGAUUAUCACUUUUGGCUGGAGGGCGAGAGUUUCCUCUUUGCCGAGCAGUUUGUCCUGCAGUUCUUUGGCCUCGACGAGCAUCGUGUUCUCUUCUAUGCGGUGGCACAGCAAAUGUGCAAUCGCCAGGAUGAGAUCUUUGCCGCCCAGCUGAAUCGCGGCUAUAUGAAUCUGCCAGAGUUCCAGGCUGCCUUCAACUGCUCAGCGGAUGCGGCUAUGAAUCCAGCUGCCAAGUGUAUGAUUAACCAGUGUGAAAAAUGAGAUGAUAUAUUCAUAUUUAUUUUGUAAAUAUAUUUAUACAUUUAUAUAGGUAAAUUUUAAUUCAGUUUAUUUCUCAGAGAAUAAAUAAUUUAUUGAAUAAGGUUAUUUAAUAAAG